UGUUCCUUUACCUUUUGGCAACAAUAGGGUUUUAAUCCGUUCAGACUACAACCCAUUUUCGGUUACUAUCAUUAUUAUUAUUUCCUCAGAGAAGUACUUUAAGUUUUUUUUGGUCUCACUACCUUCUAUGUAAAUGGAGGUGUUUACUUUGUCGUUAUAGAAGUCACUACAGCAUGUUAAUUAACACUUGGGGUUUGUUGAAUUCCUGUCUAUGUAAACAGAAUGCUUGGGGUUUUGAAUGUUUUUCUUCAGGAAAACCCUUAAGAUGAUGAUGCUGUAAAAGGGAACCAUUCUCAUUCUGAAUUACUGUAUAGAAGCACAAUCCCCUUGCGACAAGUAUUGUUGUGGCUUUAAUAAUGUGCUUGGUUUUUUUAGCACGAAACCAUUGUGUGGCUCUGUCCUGUGCUCUGUGAUAACUUAGCAUGCUCACCUUAUUUAUAACCACCUCAUUGUGUUACCAUGAUCAGUGUAAGCCCUCUAUGUGUUUUGUUUGUAUUCAAGCCACCAUGAAGGCAGUUGUGUCUCAGACUUUCAAGGUACAGUGCUUAAAAUGGUUUUCAGAGAACUCUGGGGAAAAUGGUCCAAAAUCCAAAAGACAUCUUACUAGUGUUGAUCACCAGAGGUGAAAUGCCUAGGUCUAGUUUUGUCUGUCUAGUAAAUGGACAUCGUGGCUCCAUUGGCUUCAUCUGCAUCUCUGUCCAUCUGGGUAAGACUUUGAGGAAAGGCUGAAAUAGAGAAGCCUCUGGGGCUACCUUAUUGCAGCCUUUCGGUACUUUAAAAGGAUCCAUAAGAAAGAUAGGGGCAGACAUUCAGUAGAGCCUGUUGUGACGGGACAAGGAGUAAAUUUAAGGAAGGCAGUUUUUAUGAUGAGCAUAGUGAAUCACGGGCACAGAUUGCCCAGAGAGAUGGUGGAUGCCCUGUUUCUGGAAACAUGCAAGGUCAGGUGGGAUGGGACUCUGAGCCAUCUGAUCUUAUAAAAGAAGUCCCUGCUCAUUGCUGGGCAGUUGGACUAGAUGGCUUUUAAAAAUCCUUUCCAGUUCAAACUAUUCUAUGAUUUCUGCUAGUUAGAUUGCAAGUAAAUUUUAUAAUGGAUGCCCAGAAAUUGAAGAGCUCUUGGGCAGUAGAUUUUUAAAAGUGAUUCAUCUUAAUGACAUGCUUUAUGUCACUAAAUCUUUAUUGAAAGGUAAAAGUAAAAUCCAGUUUCCUUGAUCAGAAUUUCUUUGCCUAGAUCAUAAGCCUUUUAUUCAGCAUCUUUUCACUUCUGCAUCAGACAUGGCAGGUGUCAAAUGCCUAUUCUUACAUGACUCUGAUCUUUAUAGCAGAUCCUUCUCAUUUGCUGGCUUAAGCAAAGACUGCAGAAAAAAAUGUAAUGUUGUAUGCAGGAAAUUAAUCAUAGUGUAUACACUUAAAUGGACACAUUAACUUUUGCAUUUUCUAUUGUGCUGCCUUAACUUGGUUUUAACACUUUUUUUGGGGGUAUGGUUUCUGCAAGAUUUCUUCACUUGUAGUAAGAAAAUAUUCUCUAGAUAGUAUUAUCCUGACGUACUUGAGUUGAAAUCGCAGCCUGUGCUAAUUUACAAGAUUAGGGUGAUGGGUGACAUUGUCUGUCCUCUUGGGGCUACCACUGAAGGAGAAAAUUAGUCUUGUGCCUAUUUAUGUGUAUCUGUAGAAGCAAACUGCUAAUUUUGGACUCCAUUUCAUCUUCUGCAGGUAGCUGGCUCUGGUGUCUAGUCUUCCACCCUGUCCUCUUCUGUGUGAAUGCUCUUAUUUUCUUCUGUUCUGUGGAUGGUGCAUAAGCAAUUUCAUUAGUAUUAGAUAAUUUAUAAUUUAGUCUUUGAAGUUGUCUUAUGCUUCGGUCUCCUCCGCCGAUUCUUCUGGACAUUAAUUCCUAUUAGUAGGAACUUCCAUCCCUUCUUGAACCUUUGCAUUUUCUAUGUGUAUCUGUAUCUGACUUUUAUCUAUGCUUUUUAAUUCAUAUGGUUCCACACAUACCUGAAACAAAGUGAUUCAGAAAUAGAAUGAUCCAUAAUAGAGGAGAUAGUGCUGUCAGUCUUUGUCGAGUACUUAACAGUACAAAAUUGGAUCCAUUAUUCUGUGUGCUUGUUCCUUGUAUUGUAUAUGAGGGUAUAACAUAGACAAACAGUGCUAAGAGUAUCAGAUCUCAUCAAGAUGUAUAGCUGUCCUGUCCAGCCUACACUCAAGUCUAUAUUAUUCUGAUAUUAUUUUAGCUUCACAGUUUGCAACUUUGAUAGUUACUUUUUUACACUCAUUGCAGCUUCAUGCAAGUACUAAACUUGUAGAGCACAAUAUGGCAGUUUACUCUGAAGGUUAAAUUAACUAUCAUUACAAUUUAGGAAUAAAUAUGUUUGUUAUAUUGGACCAAUGAUCUACUUUGUGUAGUUUAGAUAAUUAUAUGUGCCCUCAAUUUCUUUGAAACUUGCACAAUUAACUGUUCUUUUGAACUCUGGUCUGCUGCUUAGAACAUUCUUACUGGUGCAGAUGUGCUUACAACCUGAGAAUUGCAUGAAUUGCUGAAUAUUUACAUAAGGUUUUAAAUGUGAUCUGGGAAAUUAAAUCAGUUAUUUCAGCAUAUUAAUGCAAAGUUGGGAAAGUGAGCAUUUCAGAUUCCUAACCAGAUCUUGUUUACCUGGCGAUGGCUCUGGCAAACAUGAAUUGGUUACUAAUAUUGGAAGUGUGGUCUAGAAGCAGGUGUCCUCUAAUACAAGCCAGUAGUUAUUUUUGUACGCAAAGGUAAAGAGUCACUUAAACUUGGUAUAUUUUUGAGUCCUACUUGCAAGAUAAAGCAUUCUGGCAGCUUUGUGUUUUGCUGCUGUUGUAAAGCUAGCUAACAACUGAACAUGCAUGAGAACAGUGGUUAACAGCAAUCUAACCUCAACUGUCCCAACUGUUAGGUCGGUGGAGUUCUGUACAAAGUAACUGGCUUUUACCAGGUAAAUUAUUUAAUUCAGCAUGACUUGAGCAAAGAUUAAAAGUCCUGAGUAUGCAGACUUGCCUUGAAACUGCAGCCAGAUAUGAAGUGUUUCAGGAUUGAUGUAGCUGCUUUUUGCAGAAUGUGAUACUGAUGAGUAUGACUGAAUUGUGAAAAGAUAUGCUUUGAUGAUGGAUAAGGGUUUCUUUUAAUCAAUAUAGUUGACUACUAUUUUCAGAAAGCUAGGCCAGGAUUAGAAGUGGUUAAAUAGACUGUACCACUUGGGCAAAUCACCCUGUAUCAGUGGGAUUCUCAGCCAUAUGUUUGAGUUAUGUGUCAUGCUACUCUUCAUGUACUGCACCAUGGAGGAUACUGUAGUUUGCUUAAAUUUUUUUAAGAGCUACCAUUUGUGGUCUACUUCUGUCUGUACUAUCCUGUGGAGGAAGAAUCUAGCUAGGAUUUAGCAUAAAAAUCUAGGAGUUUUAUGUUAACAUUUAAUCAGAUACUGUUUCAAGGACAGGGUUGAGUAUAGGAACACUUCUUAUGUGGAGAAGGUACCAGCAUUUCUUUUGAAAUGCCUAGAAAUAGCAAAAGGCAGAUAAACUUUCAGCAAGUGAGAAGUACAUUUAUGAAAACACUUGUGAGAUAGCCUGUGCUCCUUUGCAUAUAUUAGCUUCCAUGGGAAUCGUCUUUGGAGAAGUCAAAGGCAGAUAGACUUCAGAUGUGUUUUUUCACAGGAGGGUGAAGCUUCACAAUUUCAACCCUGAGGAAUAACUCUGAAUAUAAUUUCUGCAAGUGUUCAGAUGCAGUUCAUUAGCAAAAGCAUAAUAUUUGAAAUUAAGAAAUCUGAGUUAUCAGUUCCAUUUUGUAAUUGACUCAUUUUGCAUUAAUAUGAGGACUGUGUGGCUCUUAAGGGAGUACCUAUUAUAUUUAUAAUCGCAAGAAUAUAUCAUAAUGAAAUCAUAAAAGGAACUGUAGUUUUAUAAAGAGGGAUGGAAGAUGUAAAGGAAAGGUUACAAAAACUGGGAUAAGAACUUGUUUCCUCAUUUUGCUGAUGCACAGUCAGACCAAAGCACUGUGUAAAUAUUUGUAUGCGUGAAUCAUAUUUAGAAUGACCUGUGCCUGUUUUGCAUGAGUUCCCUGCUUCUGUGAGAAAAAAUAAUCAGUAUGUCCUUGUACAGGAUACAAAGAAUGGAGUCAAAACCCUCAAGAAUUCCUCGCAGGGUAUCUGUUCAGGCUUCCAGCUCUCCUCUAGGAUCUAGAACUGGAAACAGUUUAUCUGGUGCAUAUAGUACCAGAGAAUCUUCAUGGAGAUUUGAAUCUGGAUACCAGGAAUCCAGUGUAUUGAAUAGUUCCAGCAGAGACUGGAGAAUUGGAGAAAGGGACACCCGUGAAACUCCUUGGAAGCUUACAGCAUCGUCUCCAACUCGCUACUCAGGGACACUUGAUCACCCUCAUUCUGGAAGAUUUUUGGGAAGCAGAAGCAGAUUGUCUGCAUCUUCAUCCUCUCAUUUCACAUCUGGGUGUUAUGGUGAGUCUGAGAGAACUCAGGGAGCAUAUUCAAGACUACAUAGCCAGCAGCAAGACAGUGAUUCAAAGAGACCUAAACUAUCUUGUACAUCUACCUCUUCUGUGAGAAGUAAUGGCUUGACUGCCUUUUCAGAGUCCUCAUGGAGAUGCAGUAGGAUUCCUAGAUCUUCAUCGGUAAUGCUUGGCUCCCUUGGAACGGAUCUGGUGAGAGAGCGAGCACAGUUAGAAAGGAGAACAGAUCUGUCUGUUAAUAACCUGGUGGAUCCCAGCUACAGAAACAGUGACUUUUCACCUUCAGCAUAUCUUCAAGACAGGCCUGCCUCUUCAUAUGCAGAGGGAGCAAGACCAAAAGAGAACUCAUUAAGCACUUUGAGGCUGAAUGUACCCAUGAGCCGCCAGUUGCCUUCUGAUCAUCAGCCAUCUUUUUUCAACAGAGACUCUAACAUGAGCACUUCAAGAUCCAGCUAUUCUUCGAGACAAAGGAGAAAUGAAUUGCAGUCUCCCCAGAGGAGUGUGCAGCCAGAAUUUUCUCUUACUGCCAUUAGAGAUGAAAUCCCUUCCUCAAGUGGUUCUGAAAGGGUUUUAUCUUCUCAGAGGUCACUGAAUGAGUCAGCAGCUGACAGUGAAGGGAGGCGCACAACCAGACAGCUGCUAUCUCGUUUAGCAUCUAGUAUGUCAUCUACGUUUUUCUCUCGAAGGUCUGGCCAAGAUGCAUUGCGUACAAGAUCAUUAGGCUCUGAAGAGUCAGCAGUGGUCCCAAGAGUUCAAGCUGCUGCUCUGUCAAAUAGUAAUGGAGCUGCAACUCCUGAAUCUCCAGGACUUCAGUCAUCCGAAGCUUCUCAGGGGUUUAGUUUUCUUGGACGAAGAUGGGGUUUAUCAGGCAUUUCACAGAAUCGCAACUCUGAUUCUGAUGGGGAAAGUUACAGACCAGACACUGAAAACAGGAGCACAGGAUCCUGGUUGUCGUCCUCUUUGAGGAACAGAUGUACACCUCUCUUCUCCAGAAGAAGAAGAGAAGGAAGAGAAGAAUCCACAAGGAUCUCUAUCUCUGAUACAACUGCUAGAUCACAGCAUGUCUUUAGAAGGAGAGAGUCAGGUGAGGAGACCUCUCUUGAAGCAUUGGAUAGCCCUCGUCGGGCUUCUGUUAGUAGACCAACACGUGCAGUAUCUGUUAUUUCUACAGCUACUGCCUCCCCACCAGAUUCAGCCCCCAGUGGAAGAAGUUCAGGAAUUCCGCCUGGUUCUCUCUUUCGCUUUGCAGUACCUCCAGCAUUAGGAAGCAGUCUGUCUGACAAUCUUAUGAUAACUGUAGAUAUUAUUCCUUCUGGCUGGAAUCAGUCUGAUGGACGAGAAAGUGGCGAGUCUAAAAUACCACCUUCAAGAGAUCCAGAAAGACUCCAGAAAAUUAAGGAAAGCCUGCUUUUAGAAGAUUCUGAAGAUGAAGAGGGUGACUUAUGCAGAAUCUGUCAGAUGUCCUCUGCAAGUUCUGACAACCUUUUAAUAGAGCCAUGCAAAUGCACUGGAAGUCUGCAGUAUGUUCACCAGGAGUGCAUGAAAAAAUGGCUGCAGUCGAAGAUAAAUUCAGGUUCUUCUUUGGAAGCAGUGACAACUUGUGAAUUGUGCAAGGAGAAGUUGCAUCUUAAUCUGGAAGACUUUGACAUUCAUGAACUGUAUAGGGCACAUGCAAAUGAACAAGAGGUAAAGGAAUUAUAACAUCAUAACAUUCUUAAAAUACAUUCCUUUAUUUUGGCUUUUUGUAAAGCCUUGGGAGCACAGAGAAGAAACCAGCAAGAUUUGUUUUAUUUCCCCAGGUGAUAUAAUAUUCUGAGUUGCACAUUCUAUCCUCUGAACUAAUCAUGCUGACUGAGAUUCAAUUUGUAGAACUCUAUUUGCCUUCAAAGAUGACGUGUUAGAUCUGGGGUGGAUGGGAAGGACCAGAAGUAUAAAUAGUUUUUCAGCAACUUAAAUUUUUUAGUAUUAUAUUUUCCUAAUUCAUUUGGAGCAACUAGAGCUAAAUCUGUAAAUAUUCCAUUAAAAUCUGAUUGUUGUUCUACUUGAAUCAUA